AAAUGGCAUUCCAGAAUGUUAGCAGCGGCAAAUUACUACACGGCAACGGUGCUCUUUGCACUUAUACAGCGAUCAUUCUCGGCAAUGGUUCUUCCAAGGCCACCUUCUUCACCAAAUUAUAUCCAACGCUUUGAUCGGAAAGGAAAUGACCAAAGAUUCUACGGGGGAAAAUCUUUACCAAGUUUCCCACACAGUUCUGAGAUGGAAAGAGCUAAUAAUCCUAAUACCAACGAUUACAGUCUCGUGGAAAUCGAACUUCAAAGUCCAGACGAAAUGGACGCGUCCAGCCUUCAAAAUAUCAUACACGCGAUGCUGAAACAAUCUGAAGAAGCUCGCAACGAGAGUUAUCCAAAUCCAGAAGUGGUACCUCGCUCAAUUUUUGGCGUGAGAGAUGUUGGCCUAAGUGCGAACUUCAAAGCAAACGCGGUUAACGAGGGCAGACACGUCUUAGCAGAUCCGUCGAAAUUUCAAAGUUUCGAUGAAAAGCUCUAUUACUUAAAGAAUAGCAGACCAAAGGUUUAUGUAAACGUGCGAGGCCAUAGCGGUUCUUUUCGCAAAGGCGUAACAUCUAGAACGACUACUGUUCACGAUCCUAUAGAAUUUCUUAGAGUGACACCUCCUCUGCAAAGGCAAACUGACUGGACAUCUCAUCGCAAUAAAAUAAUUCGACCGUUAAAAAAAAUUGACCAUCAAGCUAAUACGAAACGUGAAUAUGGUAAAAAUGUUUCGAAAAAGAAAGCUAAAAAAUUAAAUAGACUAACUAUAGUUUACGGUUUAGAUAAUCUCUCCACUACUGAGAGCUCUAUGGUGACUUCCAGCGAGUUACCGAAACAGAUACCAGCACCACCGUCCAGAUUUCCAAGUAGAAUAUUAAUGGCACAGACCACGCCUGUUCAAAGAUAUGCUUUGAAAAGAACGAAUAUAUUGCCAGAAUAUAGUUUCUCAAACGUUUGAUGCUAUUUCAAAUACGAAAACAAAUUCUUUUACAAGGUAAACAAAAGAAAAAUCAGUUUGCGAAAAAGUGGACAGAUAGUGGAAAUAGAUAUGGAUAAAGUUUCGAUAAAUACGGUUUGUUUAUACAAAAGUGUAAAUAUUAAUUUCAAUUACUUACUCGAUAAUCUACAUACUGUAAGGAUAUGUAAUAAAUAAAACUUAUAGAGUAUUGGUACUUGUUCGAUAACUUCAUCGAUAACUGUUUCCACUAUGUUCACUUAUUUUUGUCCCCGUCUGUAUCUCAUUCGAAACCACCGAAUAAUACUCGGCGAUACUUUGAAAGUUUGCGAACAAUGAUCAUUUUUCUAUACCAAAUAGGAAUACAGGAAGAUCUUACGUGCAUGUUUUAUAGGAUCAUUGUGAAAGAUAACGUUUUCAGGAGAUUUAAUAACUCGCAUCUUCGCUUGUAGAAAGUGACAGAAUUUAAUUUGUAAAUACAUAAACUUGCUGCCUAGAGUGAAACUGAAGAAAAUAAUUUCUAUAGAAAAUGUCGAAGAAAAUGUUACAACUUACAAAAUAACGUAUCUAAAUAAAAUUGUUGAAAGUAUGUUGCCAGAUAGAGAUAUCUAUAAUUUCGUUUCAAAAUUUAUAAAUAUACAGUAAAGUUUGUAUACCUAUUUAAAGAAUUUCUUAUCUUUAAUCUUAAGUUGUACAUUAUAUAAUUUCUUUAGAAACAUUAGAAGCAUACUUUCCUUAACAUAAGUUUAUGGAUGAUUUUAUUUAUACAUUACAAUCGGAUGUACACUUUAUAUAAAAUAUCAAAAAAUCUAGUUUUUAAUCAAGAACAGACUCGAAACGUUAAAUAAAUCAACUGAAAAGUGUAAUCACUAUAGAUCUCUGAAUUAAUCCAUUUCUGAUCUAUUUUGAUCUAUUUUUGUAACUAUGUAUACUACGUACAUCACGUAAAACUAUAUUCGUACUCUAAAAAUUUCAUAUUUCAAAAUAUACUAUCUCUUAUCUGCUGCAACAAUGACAUAAAUAUAUAUGUAUACAAUGAGCAACUGUGCAACGUUUCGUUAAUACUGACGUACGUAUGAACCGGUCACAGAACAAAUUGUUUAACUCAGUUUCUCGAAAUUUUUGAAAUGUCAGUACCAGAGCACUUGAUUCGUGUUUAUCUUAUAUAGUUUCAAUUUUCUCUGUCUUAAUUUUGUCGAGUUAACUGGUUUGGCAAAUAAGCGGCUCCUAAU